ACAGCUCAACACUUUAUGACGUCAACACUUGAAAAAUAUAAAUUUCAACGUUAAUGAAAUUUUUAUAGAAGGCGCAUAAAACGCAAAAGUAGAGAAUUAGAUAAAUUUAGAGAGAGAGCCUGUAUUAACUUGAGUGAAAAAUGUCAUUGUGGCACGUUCCUGUUCAUAAAUACUUCCAAACCGAUCCAUUUUUGGAUGACAUUAUGGAAAUAACUUUUCCUCCUUUAAGAUAUUAUCCUUUAUUUAAUGUUGGAACAAAUGCUGUUUCAAAAAAGAAGUCAUCUCCCAAAGAGAAUGGUUUUGCUGUAAAUCUUGAUGUAAAGCAUUACAAGCCAGAAGAAGUUACUCUUAAAGUAGAAGGUCAAGUUCUAGAAGUCAGUGGAAAGCAUCGUAACGAAAAUGAAAAUGGAUUUGAGUCUAGUGAGUUCCACAGAAAGUACACUAUUCCCGAUGACGUGGAUGCGACAGCCCUUACGUCAAACAUCAGCCAAGACGGCGUUUUGCAUAUAGAAGCUCCUAAAAAGCUCCCUGCAUCUUCUGGAGAAUCAACGAAAGAGACUUUUAAAUGCUCUUUAGAUGUACAAGGCUUCAAGCCGGAAGAAAUUUCGAUUCAAGUAAAAGGUAGAGAUUUAGUCGUUCAUGGUGAAGCAAAAACUGAAAACAGUGGCGAACACGGUUUAAGUUUCCACCACAAACAGUUUACCAAACACGUAGCUUUGCCAGAUGAUGUAGAUCCAUCUGAAUUAAGUUCUCGCUAUACGAAAGACUCUAAAUUAACGAUCGAAGCUCCGCGAAAGCAACUACAAGCUCCGCUCAAACUUGAAAUCAAAAUGGAAGAAUAGUUGAACUGUUAUGUUUUUUUCGCUUGGUAAUUUUACUUUAGAUUGUUUUUAUAAAUUUUUGUAAUAAUUUAUUUAAAGAAAAAAAGUAUUUAUUAAUUGAA